AGCGUGCCACCGUGGUCACCUUUGGAUUUGAGGAACUCUUGAGCCGACCCGAGGAUUAUGUUGCAGUCCCGGUCCGUGCAGAGGAAAAGGCCCACCAAGGUCCGGCCGUCAGUCAUGCGGAUCCUCAUGUUCUUGUUCAAGAGACGCUGGAGUUUCUCCCUAGCCUGGGAUGAUGACACGUCACGUUGUUCCAGAGGACGGGAUCCCGAUGAGAGGACUAUCAUGUCCUAUCCUCCGCGGGCCUGUGAGGAAGACGAGGGCACGGUGUUUCAUUCCGAGGGAGGAGAUUUUGAGGAAGAAGACGACGGCGACGGCGGAGAGUUUUUAGACGCGAGAAGCGACAUCAACUCGCCGGCGGCGCCUCGGCAAACUGCAGCCGCCCCAGAAGAAGAGGCGGACACGUCUGACAGGGAGGUCCCGUGUCGAAAGAAAGGCCGGCCAAAGAAGAAGAAGGACGCCAAGAAGAAGGACAAAGAGGGGAAACCCGCGAGGGUGAAAAAGCGCCAGAAGAUCGACAGCGAUGUAGAGCGCGACUCGGCGCGGAACAGAGACUUCGGCGACCACUCGGACAGCGUCGCCAGCGGCUAUGGCUCUGGCGACAAGAAGAAGAGAAAGAAGCACAAAGAGAAGAAGGAGAAGAAAACCAAGAGGAAGAAAAAAGACGACGAGGAGCGAGACAGCAGCCAAGAGGAGACCACGAGGCAGCCCGUGGAGCAGAAGACCUCAGCCCAGCUCGCAAAGGAGUGGGGUCUGGAGGAUGUUGAUCAUACCUUCACCGAGGAAGACUACAGGGAGCUUACCAACUACAAGGCCUUCAGUCAGUAUAUGAGGCCCAUGAUCGCCAAGAAGAACCCCAAGAUUCCCAUGUCCAAGAUGAUGACCAUCCUGGGAGCCAAGUGGCGGGAGUUCAGUUUCAACAACCCCUUCAAAGGCAACGCCGCCGCGGUGGCGGCGGCCGCCGCGGCCGCCGCCAUCGCUGUCGCCGAGCAGGUCUCCGCGGCGACCGCCUCGCCCGUGCCUCUGCCGCCUGCGCCGCAACCGCCACCCAUCCGGAAGGCAAAGACGAAAGAAGGCAAAGGGCCAGGUUACAAGAAGCGCGGUAAAAGUCCUCGAGUCUCUGACAAGAAAAAGGCUGCGUCCGUCGCCAAGGCGAAAAAGAUGGCCCCCAUUCGUCUCAAACUUUCCACCGUGUGCGCCAAGAGGAAAAAGAGCUGCUCCAGCGACGACCCGGACGAAGACGAGUCGGAGCAGGAGGACUCCAGCGUCCACAGCUCCUCGGUUCGCUCCGACAGCUCGGGCCGCGUCAAGAAGAACAAGCGCGGGCGACCGGCCAAGAAGAAGAAGAAGAUCCCGGGUGACGAGGAUGGCGACGGCUACGAGACGGACCACCAGGACUACUGCGAGGUGUGCCAGCAGGGCGGCGAGAUCAUCCUCUGUGACACGUGCCCGCGAGCGUACCACCUGGUGUGCCUGGAUCCCGAGCUGGAAAAGGCUCCCGAGGGCAAGUGGAGCUGCCCUCACUGCGAAAAAGAAGGAAUCCAGUGGGAAGCAAAAGACGAAGACUUUGAGGACUUUGAAGAGGACGCGGAGGAGAGGACCAUGUCAGCGGUCGGGGCGGGGUUGGAGGAGGAGGAGGAGGAGGAGGAGGAAGACGACGACCACAUGGAGUUCUGUCGGGUGUGUAAAGACGGCGGUGAACUGUUGUGCUGUGACACCUGCACCUCGUCCUACCACAUCCACUGUCUAAACCCUCCACUGCCAGAGAUCCCCAAUGGAGAGUGGUUGUGUCCACGAUGCACGUGCCCGCCCAUUAAAGGACGCGUGCAAAAGAUCCUCCACUGGCGGUGGGGCGAGCCCCCUCCUCCAGUUCCCGCGGUGGCGCCGCCGCCAGAUGCGGCGGCGAUGCCGCCCGACCGGCCGCCGCCCAUGAAGGGCCGAGCCGAGCGGGAGUUCUUCGUCAAGCUGGCGGGACAGUCGUACUGGCACUGCACGUGGAUCACCGAGUUGCAGUUGGAGAUCUUCCACUCGGUCAUGUACCGAAACUACCAGAGGAAGACGGACAUGGACGAGCCGCCCGCUUUGGACUACGGCUCCGGCGGUGAGGACGAGAGCGCGGCGGGCAAAAGCGAGAAGCGGCGCGCCAAAGACCCGCAAUACGCCCUCAUGGAAGACAAGUACUACAAGUACGGCAUCAAGCCCGAGUGGAUGAUGAUCCAUCGCAUCAUCAACCACAGUGUGGAUAAAAAGGGGGUGUACCAUUACCUGGUAAAGUGGAGAGACCUGACCUAUGACCAGUGCACCUGGGAACAAGACCACAUGGACAUCCCCGACUUUGUCAUCUACAAGGCCAACUACUGGAGACACAGGGACGCCAUCACGAAGGAAGACCCCGAUAAACCCCGCAGGAUGAGGAGCAAGAGUCAGGAGGGCGAAGGCGAAGACCAGCCUUCUCCCGCUUCGCCCGUAACCGACCCGACGAUAAAAUACGAGGAGCAGCCCGACUUUGUGACGUCGACGGGAGGCACGCUGCACCUGUACCAGAUGGAGGGUCUCAACUGGCUUCGCUUUUCCUGGGCUCAGGGCACCGACACCAUCCUGGCGGACGAGAUGGGUCUGGGCAAGACCAUCCAGACCAUUGUCUUCCUCUACUCGCUCUUUAAGGAGGGUCACACCAAAGGUCCCUUCCUGGUCAGCGCCCCGCUGUCCACCAUCAUCAACUGGGAGCGGGAGUUUGAGAUGUGGGCGCCCGAUUUCUACGUGGUCACCUACACGGGCGACAAGGACAGCCGCGCCAUCAUCCGCGAAAACGAGUUCUCCUUCGACGACUCGCUCGCGAAGGGUGGCAAGAAGCCCUUCAAGAUGAGGAGAGAGACGCCGAUCAAGUUCCACGUGCUGCUGACGUCUUACGAGCUGGUGACCAUCGACCAGACGGCGCUGAAGUCCAUCGACUGGGCCUGCCUGGUGGUGGACGAGGCCCACCGCCUUAAAAAUAAUCAGUCCAAGUUUUUCCGGCGUCUGAACGACUACAAGAUUGACCACAAGCUGCUGCUGACGGGAACGCCGCUACAGAACAACCUGGAGGAGCUUUUCCACCUGCUCAAUUUCCUCACGCCCAAUCGCUUCAACAACCUGGACGGCUUCCUGGAGGAGUUUGCCGACAUCUCCAAGGAGGACCAGAUCAAGAAACUGCACGACCUGCUGGGGCCUCACAUGUUACGGCGCCUCAAGGCUGACGUCUUCAAGAACAUGCCCGCCAAGACCGAGCUCAUCGUGCGGGUGGAGCUCAGCCCCAUGCAGAAAAAAUACUACAAGCUGAUUUUAACCAAGAACUUUGAGGCUCUGAACUCCAAAGGCGGGGGAAACCAGGUCUCGCUGCUCAACAUCAUGAUGGACCUGAAGAAGUGCUGCAAUCAUCCCUACCUCUUCCCCGUCGCCUCCAUGGAGGCCCAAAAAACGCCCAACGGCGCUUACGAGGGCUCCGCCCUCACAAAGGCGUCCGGGAAACUGACCCUGCUGCAGAAGAUGCUGCGGAAACUCAAGGAGCAGGGACACCGAGUGCUGGUUUUCUCACAGAUGACUAAAAUGCUGGACUUGCUGGAAGACUUCCUGGAUUACGAAGGUUAUAAGUAUGAAAGGAUCGACGGCGGGAUCACCGGAGCGCUUCGGCAAGAAGCCAUCGACCGCUUCAACGCUCCCGGCGCUUGUCAGUUUUGUUUCCUGCUCUCCACCCGGGCCGGAGGUUUGGGCAUCAACUUGGCCACAGCGGACACCGUUGUCAUCUUCGACUCCGACUGGAACCCUCACAAUGACAUUCAGGCCUUCAGUAGGGCUCACCGCAUCGGGCAGGCCAACAAGGUGAUGAUCUACCGCUUUGUGACGCGAGCCAGCGUGGAGGAGCGCAUCACGCAGGUGGCCAAGAGGAAAAUGAUGCUGACCCACCUGGUGGUCCGGCCCGGCCUGGGCUCCAAAGCCGGCUCCAUGACCAAGCAGGAACUGGACGACAUCCUCAAGUUUGGAACUGAGGAGCUCUUCAAAGAUGAAGGAGAAGGUAUGAAGAAUUCCUCGGGGGAUAAAGCUGAGGACGAGGGCAACGUGAUCCACUACGACAGCACGGCCAUCGAGAGGCUGCUCGACCGAAGCCAGGACGCCACCGACGACUCGGAUGUCCAGAACAUGAACGAGUACCUCAGCUCUUUCAAAGUGGCCCAGUACAUGGUCCGAGAGGAGGACAAGAUCGACGAGAUCGAGCGAGAGAUCAUCAAGCAGGAGGAGAACGUGGAUCCCGACUACUGGGAGAAGCUGUUGCGGCACCACUACGAGCAGCAGCAGGAGGACCUGGCCAGCAAACUGGGCAAAGGCAAGAGGAAUCGUAAGCCGGUCAACUACAAUGACGCUGCGCAGGAAGAUCAAGAGUGGCACGCCGACAUUUCCGACAACCAGUCCGAGUACUCCGUAGGCUCCGAGGAGGAAGACGAGGACUUUGACGACCGUCCGGAAGGCCGGAGACAUUCCCGUCGCCAGUUGAGGAACGAGAAGGACAAACCGCUCCCUCCUCUUCUGGCCAGGGUGGGCGGCAACCUUGAGGUUCUCGGCUUCAAUACACGCCAGCGGAAGGCUUUUCUGAACGCGGUGAUGCGCUGGGGGAUGCCGUCUCAAGACGCCUUCUCCUCUCAGUGGCUGGUCAGAGACCUCAGAGGCAAGACUGAGAAGGAGUUCAAAGCGUACGUGUCGCUCUUCAUGCGUCACUUGUGCGAGCCGGUGGCCGACGGUGCGGAGACAUUCGCCGACGGCGUCCCCAGGGAAGGCCUGUGUCGCCAGCCGGUCCUCACGCGCAUCGGCGUCAUGUCGCUCGUCAAGAAGAAGAUUCAGGAAUUUGAGCACAUCAACGGGCGCUGGAGUCUCCCGGAGCUCAAGCCCGAUGUCAGCUUGGACAAAUCCUCCUCCAGGGUGUCGUCCCCCACUCCCAAGACCGCAACGCCCACGCCGGACGCCAGCUACAACAACACGCCGUGCACCUCCAAGCCAGCGACGCCCGUGCCAUCGGACAAGCCCGAAAAGAACAAGAAGGAGGGCGAGAGAGAGGACAAGGAGAAUGGAGAAGCCCAGUCUGAGAAGGAGAAAAAUGACAGCAAAGAGGGAAACAAAGAGCCUGACGCUGCGCAAAGCGUAUCUCCUCCUCGACUGACAACGGAGGGAAAAGACGGCGAAGGGAAAGACACUGACGGCAAAGACGGUGAUGGCAACCAACCGCAUGAGGAGGAGGGGGAGGAGGACGAACCAAUCACCCCCUCACCACAGGAGAGGAAUUUGCCAGACAAAUGCAAAGUAACAACCCGGCAGGACGGGCAGGUGCAAGAAGAGAAAGAAGCUCCUCGUCUCUUAGAUGGCGAAAAGGCGGCCGAGGAGCAGCAAAAAGACACGGAGAGGCCGGAAGUAGCAGACUCCCAGGAGGACGCCGAAACCAAGAAAGACGAGACGAAAGAUGAAAUGGAUCCUGGGAAAGAAGUCCGAGAGGCGAAGGCGCAGGUUCCCAAAGGGGACGGCAAACUGCCUGCUGAGCGGCCUCGCUUCAUGUUUAACAUUGCUGACGGCGGUUUCACUGAACUACACACUCUUUGGCAGAACGAGGAGCGGGCCGCCAUCUCCUCGGGGAAGAUGAGUGAAAUCUGGCACCGCCGCCACGAUUUCUGGCUCCUGGCAGGAAUCGUCAUCCACGGCUACGCGCGGUGGCAGGACAUCCAGAACGAUCCGCCGUUCGCCAUCGUCAACGAGCCCUUCAAGUCGCAGGCCAACAAAGGCAACUUCCUGGAGAUGAAGAACAAGUUCCUGGCUCGGCGCUUCAAGCUGCUGGAGCAGGCUCUGGUCAUCGAGGAGCAGCUGCGGCGCGCCGCCUACCUGAACAUGACGCAGGACCCCAGCCACCCGGCCAUGGCGCUCAACGCGCGCUUCGCCGAGGUGGAAUGCUUGGCUGAGUCGCACCAGCACCUCAGCAAGGAGUCCCUGGCGGGCAACAAGCCGGCCAACGCCGUCCUGCACAAAGUGCUCAACCAGCUGGAGGAGCUGCUGAGCGACAUGAAGGCCGACGUGACCCGCCUGCCGGCCACGCUGUCCCGAGUGCCGCCCAUCGCCGCCCGCCUGCAGAUGUCCGAGAGGAGCAUCCUGAGCCGGCUGGCCAGCAAGGGCACGGAGACGCACGCCCCCCCGCCGAUCCCUCCCGGACCCUACGCCACCCCUCAGAACUACGGCGCCCCCUUCACCCCGGCCCCCCCUGGCGCCCUCCUCGUGGGCGGGGCCAACUACAGUCAGAUGCCGCCCGGAUCCUUCAUAUCAGUGCUCAACGGCCCCCCCUUGUCGGUCAAGAAAGAGCGGGAAGGAGAACUGCGACGGGAGCAACGUGGCAGCGAGGUCAUCUGCAUUGACGACUAGGUUCAUGCUCAAGGGCACACUCACACAUAAGAAUGAGUAUUCAAGCUGCACUGAAAAGAAACAACAUUUAUCAUGAGAAUCUUUGGUUGAUGGCCUUUGUUCUCACUAGUUGAGGGUUUUUUUUUCCUUUUUUUUUUUGGUGACUAUUCUCACGAGAUGCAUGGAAAAACGUGACACUAUUCUCCUAAGAUUGACUUAUUUAUCUUCGGUUUCUGACUUCAUUCUCAUAAAGUUUCAUUCUCAUGACUUUUUCUUGAAACAUUUUUAACUCAUUCACUCCCAAAGAGGUUUUUAUACGUCUUUUCAGACUUGGUCUAGAAUUGUCUGGUACUGAAUGAGUUAAAAUGUAUUCUUGUCAAAGAAAGAUGAUCCUCCCAAACCAAACUGCCUUUAUAUAAAAUUAUGACUUCAAAAAAAAAAUAUUUACCUUAAUUCUGAUGGGUUUUUUUUUCUUAAAGUUUGGGACUCACGGUAUUUCGCGGAAGAUUAUGACGUAACUAAAUUUCCACAGUUUUUCAGAAAAAAUACCAUACUUUUUUAAGAUUAACACUGUAAAAUGAGUGAGCUAUUUCAAACACAAAAAAAGACUAUUCUCCAAAAAUGAAGUUUUUCAAUUAAAAAAAAAAAAGAUUUUAGUCUUGGAAAAAUUAAGACUAAAUUGUUUCCUUAAAAAAAAAAUCUUAAGAUUCAAACUUUUAUUAAAAUGAACCCACCUUGAAUCUCGAAAAAUCGUUCUCCAAAAUAUGGCUUCAUUAUCCCAAGACUAACGUCAAUCAAUAGAUCAUAUUCUUAAUAUUUGGAUUUUGUCUUAAAUUUUGACGGAUGAUGUCAUGACUUCAUUCUCAUAUAAUAUUUGUUGCUUCCUUUUAGUGUGGCCCUAAUACACACACACACGCACACACACAAACUUGCAGUUCUCCUAACUUCCUGUGCUUGUCUGCCUCAAACCAUGAUACUCCUCAAUGAGCCUCCUCUUCCUCUUUGGAGACUUACACACACACACACCUCACUCCAAAAAUAUCCUCCUGCUCAAAGCUGCAUGCAAAUUUCUGACGGCAUGCGUCAAUCAUCAUCGGAGGGUACAGUUGGGUAAUGCUCUUUUUUUGUUUUUGUUUUUUGGGGUUUGUUUUGAACCACAAAGCUCCCUGUGAAUGUUUCUGACCAGUUUCGCAAACAAAUCAGUAUUAGGCAACAUUCCCCGCACACGUACACACUUUUUUGUUCUUUGUAGAUGUUGCCUUUUUUUCUCUGUUUCAUGUCAUGAGGAUCAAACAAAGAUGUUUCUGGGUAACUUCAGAAGUAGCUUUGUUUCUGAUGCCUCCAUUUUAGAUUUGGGGCUUGCAGGUGGUUUAGAUACACACACACACACACACACACUUACACACCACAGUAGAUGUCAACUGUUGACACAACUCUGUUCAAAUGCCAGAUAUUUGACUGCAAAGGUGUCAGGAAAAGCCUAUAGAACCGCUGAACUUUAUUUGGUGUUAAUCGGAGACACUUCAAACGGUGGCAGGAGUGAGCAGAUUCAUUUUAACAUGACUUUGAAUGUGAUGGGUAAAUUCUGAACACAACCACAAGCCCCGUUUUUUUUUUAGGGUGUGCACACUUGUGCAACCACAUUUAUUUUUACUUCCCCUCGCAAAAAAAAAAAAGGGUUUGAGUUGUACAGGUUAUAGUUUAGGUUACAUUAAUGGUGGGGAAAGUUUUUUUUUAAAAUCAUAAAAACCUGGCAUUUAAACAGGGGUGUGUAGACUUUUUAUAUCCACUGUAUAUGCAGGCCAGAAAUAUAUACGUCAAACUAUAAUUGUGUUUUGUACACUCCAUUGUUGAAGAGAACACACACACAAAAACCGCCUUACUGAAACAUACAAAUGGACAAAGUAAAAAGGGGGGAAAAAUGAUUUUUUUCACUUCAUAAGAAAAUUUCCAGGCAAAAAUGAGCCCCCCUGCCAUCCCCCCAGAAACCCCCCCCCUAAAAAAACACUUUGCUUUGUCAAUUUUUUUAAAAAUCUUUUGUCAGUACACCAAUCAAAUGUUGGCCGGCAAUGAAAGUAUUUACAAAAUGACACAUCUCCUUAUUUUUUGUUUGUUUGUAAUAAAACGGAAUGAAAUGA